GCCAGUCGAGUUCCUAAUUCCGGGCAGUUACUACUACUUCUACUACUACUACUACAACGUCAGGAUAUUCAUCAUGAAUGAGGCGACAAGAAAACAGCUUGAAUCCUAUCUGGAUAAAUGUGAAUCAGAACUGGAUCGGGUCACAAAUUUUUGGCUUACAAACUCACAUGAUGAUGAACAUGGUGGAUUCUUUGUGUGUCUUGGAAGGGAUGGAAAGGUGUAUGAUGAAACAAAGUAUUGCUGGCUUCAAGGCAGACAGGUUUGGUCAUACUGCAAACUGUACAAUAACAUCCCCAAAUAUCACACCGAAGAAAUACUUAACAUUGCUAAAAGAGGAGGUGAGUUCUUAAUGAAAUAUGUGAAGAAUCCAGAAAACUACAAAUGUUUCUUUGCGGUCACCAGAACAGGGGAACCAAUAAAGAUUCAACGAACCAUCUUCAGUGAGUGCUUCUACAUGAUUGCAAUGGCAGAACUGGCAAGAGCAACAGGCGAUGCAAAAUACAAGACUGAAGCGAUAGCAAUGAUGGACCACCUCCAACACUGGGUCAUGGUUGAUGACACAACUCUAGGUCGCCCUCGCCUGUCUGGUUCACCUCCAGUUAACACACUAGCAGCAGCUAUGAUCUUUAUCAUACUGGUUGAGGAAUUAGCUUGGGAUGAUGCGGAACUGAGAACAAAGUAUGCUCCACUCGAAGAAUGGAGUCUCAAACAGACUAUGCAGCAUAUACAGAGAAAUGGUGAGGUUGUACUGGAAGUUGUUAGUACAGAGGGCAAUGAACUUCCCGGUUCCCAAGGACGUGUCAUGAAUCCAGGUCAUGCUAUAGAGACUGGUUGGUUCCUGCUGCAGUUCGCUAAGAAACGCAACAGACCAGAGCUCCGUGACAUUGCCAUCUCACAGUUCAUGGUCAAGCCCUUCUUGACCGGAUGGGACAAGGAAGACGGUGGUAUAUUCUACUUCCUGGAUGCUGAUGGUCUCUCUCCCACACAGCUGGAGUGGAAUAUGAAGUUAUGGUGGCCUCAUAAUGAAGCUCUGAUUGCAUUCCUGAUGGCUUACAGGGACACCAGAGAACAACAGUACCUGGACUACUUCCAGCAGGUCUGGGACUACACCAUGAAACAUUUUGUAGAUCCUGAUCAUGGAGGAUGGUAUGGGUAUUUGUCAAAGCAAGGAGUCGUCAGUCAAGAUUUCAAAGGAGGACCAUGGAAAGGUUUCUUCCAUGUACCUAGAUGUCUGUUCAUGUGUAUUGAGAUGCUGAAAGAUAUCCUCAAGUAGAUCUACCUCAAAAAGGGAUGAAACAAGACUACAUCUUCAAUUUGUGAAGUACUUGCAUCUCUUCUUACAGCACUUUGAUUGUUGGGUAUUUUCGUUGUGAAAUUUUGUUUAAUGAAUAUUUGAAUAUUUGAAGGUUUUAACUAGAUCAGGUACACUCAUUUUAGAAUGAAUGAAAGUCAAAUGGGUCCAAAAAAACAAUGAUUUGGUAAGGAUUACACAAAUGAAAACACCAUUCUGAUUGGUUGCUGGUUUGUGUUUUGAACAAAAUGCAAAUAUAACAAUGAUCUUGAUUGGCCAGUACAAUUUAAUAAUUGAUUGAAAAUCUUUGUGUUUGACAGAGCCCUAAUGACUUCCAGGUGAUACUUGGGUGAGUGUUAUUAAGAAGGGGCAUCUGUCUUUGUUGACUUCUGGGUGAUUUCAACUUGGAAUCACCAUGGGAUAGUCUUGGCUGACGAAUUACCCAUUGUGGAAAUGAGAAUAGGGCACUCAGGGACAUAUUCACCACUGUGAAAUGUAAACAUACAACCAGAGUACCUUGGGCGAUUUCUGUGAAAAAGAUGUGUAAAUGCCAACAGUUACGUUCAUCUUUUUUGAGGAUGGCAAAACAUUCUUAUCAAAGCUUCAGGGGUGAUUAGGUUCUCUGUGGGAUCACACUCAUUUUAAAGGGAGGAUCACAUCUGUGAUGUACUGCCAUAUUUCAUUCCUAUGUGCAUUUCUGGUUCUUGAAUGUGAUUCGCUAAAUUACUGUGGUGAUGUUCAUGAUCGAUGAUGCCAAUGCAAAGUUUUUAGGUUAGAAUUUGUUUCUCUCCAGUAUUAUGACUUUCCUUUGUGGUGAAAAUUGGAUGAUUGCUAUCAUUUACAAUAAUUUCAACAUUCCGAUGAUGAAAUAAGUAGUAUUGUGAUUAUAAGAUGCUAAUAAUAGAAAAGUGUGUUUUUAUAUACCGGUAUAUAACUCUCAGGUCUGUCAAAUAUGAUACUCAAGAAUCAUUGUGAUGUGUGCAAUGUUUCUCACAAAAUGAUUCUAAAUUUCUAAAUAUAUUUAAUUGAAUGUAGAAAUCUACUUUUUAUGUCGAGACACCUUUUAUAUCACCUGCUUAUUAUGCAUAUAUUCUUAGUUUGAUGCUCGUUUCUACUGUGUACCAUGUUAUCAAACAUUCAUAUGUGGUUACCUACUUGUUACAUAUUUUUUUCAUAUAAGAUAUCAUGGCAUGAUAUGUGGUAAAGCCAUUUUAUCUUUUAAAGUAAUCCAAAUAUAAAGGAAUAAUAUUGCCUCAAUUUACUGAGAAAUAACUUUUACAAUAGGAGAAUAAUCAUUGUUAACUUUUUCAAAUGUGUUCUUGAUAGUUUGUGUGAAUGAUAACUAAAUAACCUUUCCAAAAUACUGAGCCUUGUCUAACUGCAGAUUUUAGCAGGAAUAUAAUCUUUUUCCCUUCCAAUUCUCAAGUAUCUCCACGUACAAAACAAUGGUGGAUCUGGAAGACCGUUUUGAAAUC